AUGCUGGACGCCUUCGAGAUCCUCACCACUUCCGGAGUGGUGUUAUGGUCUAGAUCCACCUCUAAUAUCGGCGCCAUCGCAGUCAACAGUUUGAUCAACGAUGUCUUUAUCGAGGAGAAAGUUCGACCACCCGUGACAAACUCCGGCCAUCCUGCCUACAAACAUGACAAAUACACCUUGAAAUACACACUCGUCAAAGACCUAGGCCUGAUGUUCGUGGCGGUCUACCAGUCCCUUCUCCAUCUCACAUGGGUCGACAAACUCCUCGAUGACAUCCGAACCAUAUUCGUGGAAGUAUACAGAGGGCAGUUGGAAGAACUUGACUAUGCUGUUCUGAAAUACCCGUUUGACAAAUACUACGAUGAAGAACUGCGCAGACUGGAUCAGACCACGGGCGGGGCUGUCAGCGCCGAGAUCCCUCGAGUUGAAGUGCAGGAGGAGAAGAAGGUCAAUGCAGAAAAGGCGGACACUGGGGGUCCACCGCCGCCGGAGCUGCCUCAGCUUCUCAAGGCGCAGCCACGAGCUGUGCCAACGGUGAAUGGGGAAGUCGCAGAAGACCUUCCUGCUCAAUCGCCCGAUUCACCGCGCCCGACCAGUCCUCUGCCAGGGGUUGCAGGACAUUUGUUGACAGAGAAAGCGAGGCCGGCGAGUCGGGGUUCGCGCAGAGCCCGGAAGGCAGUGCACGCCGCAACUACAAAUGCUUCUUCUGGCGAUGAGACAAGGAGACCCAGAACACCUCAGAAAGCUGCGAAGAAGGGACGUGUCUGGGGUCCAGAUGGAAUGGCUGACGAAGCAGACGACAAAACCCUCGACUACUCGGCCGUCGACUCGGAUGCUACCGGAGAGGCAGGUGUAAGAUCCCCCCCGCCAGAGGCGAUCAGUCAGGAGAGUUGGGGCACCAAAAACAAGCAAGGUCAAUUCGUAUUGAAAGACCUCGGCGAUGAAGUCACAAAGAUCCUGAAGUCCGCCGAUUCAGGCAAAGCCGAGACUAACGGGACUGGCGCGACCAAACUUGGGGCGAUCUCGGGCUACUUCAGAAACAUUGUUGGAGGGAAGACGUUGACGAAGGAAGACCUGGAAAAGCCCCUGAAGGCUAUGGAGGAACACCUCAUCAGCAAGAACGUGGCCCGCGAAGCUGCGGUCCGAAUUCGCCAAGGCGUCGAAGAGGAGAUGAUUGGAAAAAAGACGGGAGCCUUUGAGUCUAUCGAGACAGCCUUGCGCCCGGCACUGGAGACCUCACUACGGCGGAUACUGACACCCCGGUCGUCGUUGGAUCUUCUGCAGCAGAUAGAGACUGUUGCCAAGCCAUCAGGGGCGAAAGCCAAACCGCGGCCAUUCGUGAUCACGAUUCUCGGAGUCAACGGCGUUGGGAAGUCGACCAAUCUGUCAAAACUCUGCUAUUUUCUUCUGCAGAACAACUAUCGCGUCCUGAUCGCUGCAGGAGAUACAUUCAGGUCUGGUGCAGUGGAACAGCUGAAUGUCCAUGUGCGAAACCUGAAGGAGCUUACGGCCAGAGAGAACUUGGGCGCGGUCGACAUCUACGAACGAGGCUAUGGCAAAGAUGCCGCCAAUGUGGCCAAAGAUGCGGUCGCUUUUGCGGCUGCCAACGACUAUCAGGUUGUCCUGGUCGAUACUGCGGGACGCGCGCACACAAACACCCAGCUCAUGGCGUCGCUCGAGAAGCUGGUCGAUCUUGCAAAGCCGGAUUUGAUCCUCCAGGUUGCGGAGGCUUUGGUCGGCAACGAUUCCGUGGGACAAGCGCAGAACUUCACCAAAGCACUGGGCAAGAAUCGGAAGCUCGACGGCUUUAUCGUGUCCAAGAUCGACACUGUCGGAUCUGGCAUCGGGACCAUGAUCAGUCUGGUCCAUGCCACUUCAGUGCCAGUGCAGUUUAUCGGCGUGGGCCAACACUACGGAGACCUUCGACAGUUGUCGGUUCCUUGGGCUGUGAAUAUGUUGAUGAGCUAG